AUGCACGGCGUCCGCCGCCCGCUGCGAGCGCCAAGCGCCGCACAGAAGCUCGCAAAGGCCGCCGCUGAGCAGGAGCGGCUUCGCUCCUACCUGGCCCUCGAGGAGGCCUUCUUUGCCCUGAAGAAAGGCGGCACGCACACGCACGAGGCCCUCGAGACGUGCGGCAAGCUGCUGGCGCAAAACCCAGAGCUGUACACGGCAUGGAACUUCCGGCGCAGCGUGCUCGGCGCCCUCUUUGCGGCGGGCGCGCGCGAGGAGCAGCGCGCGCUGCUGCUCGACGAGCUGCAGCUGACGCGGGCCGCGCUCACGGCACAUCCCAAGGUGUACUGGAUCUGGAACCACAGGGCCUGGUGCGUGGGCCAGCUGGCCGGCACCGAGCAGGAGGAAGGGGUGGCCGAGGGCGACGCCGGCGCGUGGGCGCAGGAGCUGCGCCUCGUCGAUGAGAUGCUGCGCCGGGACGGGCGCAACUUCCACGGCUGGAACCAUCGACGCUUCGUGCUCUCCCAGACGCCGCCCUUGGCGUCCACCUCGUCAUCGUCGUCGCCGCAGGCCUCCUUUCCGCACUCGCUCCUCGCACCAGAGCAUCUGUCGCCCGGCGCACUCGAGGCGCACCUGGCGCGCGCGGCCGCUGAGCUGGCAUACACGCUGCGCCACAUUGAGCGCGACUUCUCCAACUUCAGCGCCUGGCACCAGCGUGCUGUCGUGCUGCCGUGCUACUGGCACGGCAAGGGCUUCGGAGCAGAGGAGCGCGAGCGAGAACGGGACGUCGAGUUUGACCUCAUCAAGCAAGCGAUGUACACCGAUCCGGAGGACGAGUCCAUCUGGCGCUACCACGCCUGGCUCGUCGAGCUGGCACCUUCCGCUGCCGUGCUUGAGCGCGAGAUUGCCCUCAUCGACGAGCUGCUCGAGCUCGAGCCAGCGAGCAAGUGGUGCAUGCAGGCGCUGGCGACGUACAGCGAGCAGCUGGCAAGCCUCUUGGCCAGCGCCGAUGAAGAGCAGUCUGCAGCGGCCGCACAGCAUUCGGCACGGGCGCAAGCCCUGCUGCAGCGCCUCGCCAGUGUCGAUCCGGAUCGAGCAGCGCGGUAUCGAGAGCAGGCCGCCGUUUCCGGGCAAUGACACGCGUCUGCAACGCCGACUCGGCACACGGAGCUGUGACAUUACGCGGCCGUGGUCGACAUUCCUCG